UAACUGGGUUAUUAACAUGGGCUUAAUUAGUACAGAGGUGUUUGUUUAACCAGCCAUCUUGACUAGAGGAUUAAAAUAGGGGGUAGUUUUUUUCUGUUUUUGAAGCUGGUUUCUAUUGGAUGAGCCCAGAUUAAGACUGUUGUCUAUAUAAUGGUUCUGGACCACCUAAGGUUUCAGUGUCUCUCUUACACUUACAUGUGGUCAUUUACUAGGAGUUUUACCAGAGAAAGGAUAUUAUAUAUAUACAGUGAUGCAUUCUCAAACAAUAGGUCCGUUUCGUGCAACACAAAUAUGGAAUGAGGUUAUUUGCCACCUUAAAACUAGAGUAGAAUUGAAGAAACGUCGCCAUAAAUUACGACAAUAUGAUAAUUGUUUUACUGGAGCUGAUGCUGUAGAUGUUGUAUUACAUUAUUUAUUAAAUGAUAGAGAUACAUUUAACAAUGAUUUAUCGAGAGAAAAAGCAGCCAAGUUAUGUCAGACAUUAAUGGAUAAGAAUGUAUUUGAACCAGCCGGAUGUCGUGCUAGUGAAUGUAAACGUAUAUUUGAAGACAGUAGUGGUAAAUUAUAUAAGUUUUUACAAGAUGAUAAAGAUAGUUUAAAUGAUGACGAUGUUUGUGAUGAUUUAUCCAUGUACGAUGAAACUGAUGAUCUAGGUAGAAAGGAUGAAGGAAUGAAGAUGGCGUAUAGUGAAGUAGAUUUAGUUGGAGAUGAUAUAUGUAAUCCUAUAGCAGUAGAUAGAAAUGGUCAUAUUAUACCAGCUCUAGCAAGUAUUCGUGGUUUGAUGAGAUCAAAAAGUAUUUCCUCCAUUUACUCCACAUCAUCUGAUAAAUCAUUACGCGAAGAUUGUUUAGAUAUACCAAAUGAAGUUAUUGAAGAGAUUUGGAAGGAAACAGCCCUAGCCCAGUUACUCACCCUAGUCGAUGUAUCUUUUGUGGAUGGUCCUCUAUCCGAAGAAAAACCUGCCAAAAAACCACGCCAUAACCUUAUCAUCUCUAAUACCAUUGCCAAACGCUACACAUCACCAUAUAAGGGUAGUGCUCCAGUUUUUGAAGAUUCGGUCUUGCACGCUGGCUAUGAUUGUAUCGAGUGCUUACCAAAAGGUUUGAACUUGCUGAGUGAUGACUGCCUUCGACAAUCUAAUCCCAAAGCUAAGAACAAAGUUUUCAAUAUUAUUGCCAAACAUUACAGAGACUUAUCAGAGUGUAUUUUGCCAGACAGAUUUGUUGACCUCCAUCUUGCUAUUUUGAAUUUGAUUGUUUCUCAACGUGAAUCUGUAGCGUUACAAGCCCUACAAUUAGAUAUGAUAUUAUUACCAUGGACCGUACGAGAAGAACUACAUCGAUUAUUAAAGUUUAUGAAUGCUGUAUGUAAAGAUCACACUUUAAAACUUGAUCAACAGGGCAGUAAUGGUGAGAUCGUUCUACAACUGUUUUCUGAUGUUAUAUUUAAACAUAAAGUGAUGUCAUCUAAUCUUAGUACCUUAUUUGUACAAUUCAUGAUGGAUAAUUUAUCAGAUAUAUUCAGAGUACCUGAAAGUGUUCAAGAUAAAGUUGCCUUGAAGAUAUAUCGCCUCAAAACUGGUGAUCCAUUACCGAUUUUAGAAUCAACAUUUUGUGAAAGAAUUUCGAAAGAAGAAUAUGAAAAGAAAACGUAUGAAGAAACACAGUUGGCCAUUGUAGAAAUUAUGAACACCAUAUUGGAUGAUAUUAAACUUCCACUCAAAGAAAAGAAACAAAAGUUGAAACAAUUCCAGAAGUUUUAUCCGUUGCUGUAUCAAAGACAUUUUGCUGGCUUGGCCUAAGUCAUUCAUCUCUCUAGUCGUUAUCAUAAUAGUGCAAUAAGUGCUAAGUGUAUGAAUUUUGAAUGAAAAUAAUUGUGCUAUAAUUUGUGUUUUGUUUGUUGGAAUGUGUUUGUGCUAAGAAAUUUAAUAUUUCAAACCCAACUGUAUGGUUCUGUAUGUAUGCCGUAUCAAGUAAUUCAUUUUUUGGGGCAAUAUUAUAUAGCCUAUAUUAAUUACAUGCUUAUUUAUUUUUGAUCUCAAAUUUAUUUUUGUAGCAUUUAUAGCAAAUUUUUAUAGCAAUGAUCUCAUACAAUUUGUCUGUGACAAAGAUUAUGCCUUAAUAAGAAGUCUCAAACUAAUCAAUUAUACAUAUAUUAUGUAUCACUUUUGAUACAGAGUUUACAAGUAAUUUUCCUACUAUAUAUAUCAAUUUGUCAAGUUUUAUAUUUUUGUAUUGAAAAUUUCUAUAAGCAUUGUACAUUUUGUAAUGGAAAAAAAUACUAAAAAAAUGGCAUUGAAUGUUUUUUUCGUGAUCCACAUUGAAUGUUUUUUUUGUUUUGUUUUUUCGUGAUCCACAUUGAAUGUUUUUUGUUUUUUUUACGUGAUCCACAUUGAAUGUUUUUUUAAUUUUUUUCGUGAUCCACGUGUAUAACUAUUUGUCUAUUUCUAGUCUAUAUCUGUUUUCAUGAUCUACAUGUAUGACUAUUUGUCUAUUUCUAGUCUAUAUCUGUUUUCAUGAUCUACAUGUAUGACUAUUUGUCUAUUUCUUGUCUAUAUCUGUUUUCAUGAUCUACAUGUAUAACUAUUUGUCUAUUUCUAGUCUAUAUCUGUUUUCAUGAUCUACAUGUAUGACUAUUUGUCUAUUUCUUGUCUAUGUCUAUUUUUCUACUGUCUAUCUUUAAUUCUAUUGUAGAUAAUAGUUUCUAGAUGUGUAUAUAUUUAAAUUAGUGCUUUUUGUAUAGUUCCUGAUACCCCAUCAUCAUGUGAUAUAAUUUACUUCAAUUAGAAAACAUUAAUUAGAACUUGAAUAACUUGUAGUCUUCUAGUCUAAUUCCUAUGGAGAAUUAUCUAGACGGGUUUGGGAAAUUUGCUGAUAGAAGAUUUUAUUGUAUUAUACAAUACAACCAAUAUUUAGCUUUAUAGUAGAUAAUAUUAGCUUUCAACUAUUCUACUGAAUGUCAAUUUCAAUGUGUAUAAGAUGUGCCAAAGUAAACAUUAUCAAAUUUUCUAUUGUAACAUUAAUAUUUGAUAAAUAUUCAAUUGUAAAUACAAAUGAUUUAUGUAUUAUAUAUUUAUUUUUGCAAUAAAUUACUUAA